AUCACGGUUAAUUGACCGUCACAUCAUGCUUGUGCCCUUGGAAAGGCCACACCAUAGCCUCAUUCGCCUGCUUAAUGACACGCUGAGCUUUUCUUCUAAGCUGCAGCAACUUUGUCCAACUCCAGCUGCUGCCUUUUAGGAAAGGAGUCUGCCACCGACGCUUACCUUUUAAGAACCAGCUGAAGAUAGAAUGGCCUGUAGGAUCUCCCACGCAUAUAUUCGUACUUAUGGUUUGCUGACGACGAGAAGUUUGUGAAAUGGGUUUUGAUUAUGUUGCGGGAAUAAUGAGGAAUUUAGGGAUAUGCUGUGUUAGCUUGUGGACUGGUGUUUGUUUGUGAACGUUGAAAAGAAUUUUAGAGAAAUGUGUUCCGUUUUAUGUAGGGAACAUUGUAUCAACUGUAAACUUAGAUUGCAAGUUGGAUCUUAAGCAGAUUGCUCUGCAAGCUCGAAACGCCGAGUAUAAUCCGAAGCGUUUUGCUGCUGUCAUUAUGAGAAUCAGGGAGCCCAAAACUACAGCUCUGAUUUUUGCCUCUGGAAAGAUGGUUUGCACUGGCGCAAAAAGCGAACAGCAGUCUAAACUGGCUGCAAGGAAGUAUGCCAGAAUUAUCCAAAAGCUUGGUUUUCCUGCUAAGUUUAAGGACUUCAAGAUUCAGAACAUUGUUGGUUCUUGUGAUGUUAAAUUUCCUAUCAGACUUGAAGGUCUUGCAUACUCCCAUGGUGCCUUUUCAAGUGUAAGUGGCGGUCAGCGUUCAUUAUGCAUGUUUUAUAGGUGGACAUUUGGGAGUCUGAGAUCAGUGCAAGACUGCGUAUGCAUUUAUCUAUGUUAUGAACCAGAACUCUUUCCGGGCCUGAUCUAUCGUAUGAAACAACCAAAGAUCGUGCUUCUUAUUUUUGUGUCAGGGAAGAUUGUGAUCACCGGAGCUAAGGUGAGAGAUGAGACAUACACAGCCUUCGAGAACAUAUAUCCUGUCCUUACAGAGUUCCGGAAAAACCAACAAUAAGAAUGUUGCGGACCUGGCCUGUCUGAUCUUCAAGUUUGGUGGCAAAUAAUAAACCUUUGAAUGGGACAUGGCUUUUCGGAAUACAGCCUUCACCAACUCGGUUGUGGGUACUAGGUUUUCCUAUGCCAUGGUUUUCAGGAGUUCAAUUUCAAUUAUGAUUAUAUAAUGAACAGGGAUUUGCAACUUUCGGUAAUCUGGUCCGUUGGAUCGGCACCCGUCUCUUUCGGAUGUGGUUUUCAUAACUAGUUUCCUUUUUUCCCCUUAAAGCCAGUAUGGUGCUUAAAUUCUAGGUAAUAUCCUGCAUGUAAUUAGUAAUUUAGGAAGGGAAAAAAUAACU